CCUUAACAACAGCUGGGGAAUAUAUAAACUCCGCUAUAUGGAUAAGGAAUCGCUCCCCUCUGCAACUGAACUCCGAGUUUGAUCUCAGACGUUGCUCCUUACCCCAAAAAGAAAAUGAAAUCUGCUGAAGAGGAUGCAUAUGGCUACACGCCAAAUGUCAGUCUCUCCCUCCCCCUGGGCAACCCUUGUCUUCCCUCGCAGUACCACAGCCUCCAGUCUAGCCCCACUAUAUCUGUCUCUGUCACCGAGCCUCAAAGUUAUGACACCCAGGAUGACAUGAGAGCGCCCGGGUACUAUUCAUCUUCAAACAUCCGCCCAAACGGAGCCCCGACCCUGGAAAGCCCUCGUAUUGAGAUCACAGCCUACGGUCAGUUUCCUGAGGAUGAGGUGGAGGAGAACAACCUUCCUGUUGCGAAACGAGUCAACUCCAUAGUGACGCUGACCCUCCCCAGUGCAGAUGGAUAUCGUGACCCCAGCUGCCUGAGUCCGGCCAGCAGCAUCUCAUCUCGCAGCUGCCACUCUGACGCAUCCUCCUAUGAAUCAAGCUACUCGUACAACUACGACAACUCCCCCCAGAACUCCCCAUGGCAGUCCCCCUCAGUUUCCCCCAAGGGCUCGACCCUCACCCUGCCAGGUGGUUGUUCCCCACGCCAUUCCCCUUCCACCUCCCCGCGCACAAGUGUGACAGAUGACACCUGGAUAGGUCAGCGUGGUUCCAGGCCCAACUCCCCGUGCGGUGCAAAGAGGAAGUACAGCUUCAACGGCAGCGGGGCGUCACACAAGCACUACGCAUACUCACCCAACCAUUCUCCAGGGCUGUCCCCACAGACUUCUCCUCGUCUCAGCAUCACAGAGGAGAGCUGGCUGCCAAACACCAACCAGUACACCAACUCGGCCAUACUGGCAGCCAUCAACGCCUUGACCACAGAUGGAGUGGCUGACCUCGGGGAGGGAAUCCCUAUGAAGGCCCGGAAAACCAGCAUGGAGCACAACCCAACUGUCAGCCUGAAGCUGGAGCCUGGAGGUGAAGAGCUGAGUCCUGGUGAGCUUUGUCAAGAUGAGCACCCCUCCAACCGCCUGCCCUUAAAGAAGGAGGGCUACUGUGGCGGGUUUCUGGAUGUGCCACAGCAUCCAUAUACCUGGCCCAAACCAAAGCAAUACGUCAGCCCAUCCUUGCCAGCUCUCGACUGGCAGUUGCCAUCCAGCUCGGGCCCAUACCGCCUGCAGAUCGACGUGCAGCCCAAGUCCCACCACCGGGCCCACUAUGAGACAGAGGGCAGCAGGGGAGCAGUGAAGGCCCUGGCAGGAGGACACCCAGUCGUUCAGCUGCACGGUUACAUGGAGAGCGAGCCUCUGACCCUGCAGCUGUUCAUUGGCACAGCUGACGACAGGCUCCUGAGGCCCCACGCCUUCUACCAGGUUCACCGCAUCACCGGGAAGACGGUGUCCACCCCGAGCCACGAGGCCUUGCACAAUAACACCAAAGUGCUGGAGAUCCCGUUGUUGCCAGAGAACAACAUGCGGGCCAUAAUCGACUGUGCAGGGAUCUUGAAGCUGCGUAAUUCGGAUAUAGAGCUGCGAAAGGGGGAGACCGACAUCGGACGUAAGAACACACGUGUGCGGAUGGUUUUCAGAGUUCACAUCAACCAGGCCACCGGGAGAACAGUGUCAUUGCAGGCUUCAUCAAACCCCAUUGAGUGCUCCCAGAGAUCGGCCCAGGAGCUACCGCUAGUGGAUAAGCAGAGCUUGGAGACGUGUCCCGCCCCUGGAGGGGAGAGGAUGCUCCUCGACGGACACAACUUCCAGCACGACUCCAAGGUGGUGUUCGUGGAAAAGGCUCAAGAUGGUCACCACCUCUGGGAGACUGAGGCCAAGGUUGACAAAGACGCCUCAAAGCCUAAUUCGCUCCUGAUUGAAAUCCCUCCUUAUCGGAACCAAAGACUCUCAACUCCCGUCCACGUGAACUUCUACGUCUGCAAUGGCAAGAGGAAAAGAAGCCAGUAUCAGCGCUUCACCUACGUUCCUGCCAGCGUGCCAACAAUAAAGACAGAGCCACAUGACGACUACAACGCCCCUCUGGUGUGCGCACAACGUGGACCUGGCCUGUCUUUGCACCCAAAGCCAUACUUCCCCCCACAGGUCAUGACCCCGAUGAUGACCUCUGACCUCAGGCCAUGUGUGGUGGGAGGAGCUUACUCUGUCAGUCAGCAGAGAUUGGCAGCAAAGCCUUCCUCACUGCCCUCCUCUUCCUCCCCGAGCACCAGCCCCAAACUACAUGACCUAUCACCACCGCCUUUCUCCAAGUGCCUCUCUGCCGUCCCAGCAGUCCAACACCCAGGCCCGCAGUCCCCGAUCCCGCACGUCUCCAUCAUCCAGGAGACGCCUGGGCGCUACCAGCCGAGUCUCUACCCACCCAGCAGCGCCUCCUCCUCCCCAGCCUCGCAGCCCUCCACCCCAGGCACAGGUCCCGAGGCGCCCUUCUCUCCAGCCCACUGCAUGACCCCUCAGCCGGUCAGCGGCAGCACCAGCCCCAGCGCCCAGCAGCACCCUAAAGUGCCAGAGAGGGGGCGCUCCUCUCUGCAGGAGGACGGCAGCCCCCCUUCACUGGCUGUCAGCAUCAAACAAGAACCACAAGAGCUGGACCAGAUGUACCUCGAUGAUGUCAAUGAGAUAAUCAGAAACGACCUGUCAAGCAUCUCCGUCCACAGCCACGCAUAGUUUCCCGUCACCACCAAAACUGACACAGGAAACCCU